AUGUCGUCGUCGUCUCCAUCUCCGGUGCCGGCGAGGUCCGAGAAUGGCGCGGCCGCCGGUGGUGGCGGUGGUGGUAGCAGCAGCUCGUUCCACGUGCUCAACUCCAGCCCCGGCUCCGCCGCCGGCGCCGGGGCUUAUCGGCUGCCGUCUCCGCAAUCGUCGUCCCCGACGCCGGCGGCGCGCGGUGCCAUGGUCGCCUACAGCCCUCCGGCCAUGUCGCCCGUGGCGGCCCCCGGACGGCGCGCCUCGUACGGGCCGCCCUCGCCGACGCUCGUGCGCGCCAUGACCGCCCACAUCUCCCGGUCGUCCGCCGGCGGCGCCGCCAUGGCCGGCCGCCGCGCCUCGUACGGCGCUGCGUCGUCGUCGUCCACGGCGACGUCGCCGCACCUGCUGCAGCAGCUGAUGAUGUUGGCCGGCUGGGGCUCUCCUUCUUCUUCUUCCCCCCGCCGCCCGCCAUGGCUCCAGAGCUUCCCGCAGCAGAGUACCCAUCGGCCGCCCUUCUCCCCUGCGAGAGCCGCCGGCCGUGGGAUGAUGCCACCUUUCGUUCCCCGCGGGAUGCCGCCGGGAGCUAGCAGCGGCCGCGGCGUUGGCAUUGCCGCCGUCGCAGCACAGAGCGCCACCGGCGGCGGCAAUAGCAGCCCGCGUCCGCGAGGCGGCGGCUCCGGGCGCGGGAAGCCGGCGAGCGGGAGGCCGCUCCAGAUCGCCGCCACCGGCGCCAGGCCCGGCAAGAGCAACGGCGUGCCACCGGCGGGCGGCGGCAAUGGCAGCGCCGCCGCGCAAGUUCUCGGCCCGGUGCUCGCGAUGCCGACCACCGCCGGGGCAAUCGCCAAAGGGAAGAAGAAGGCCGGUGCCGGCACCGCCGCUAAAUCCCCCAACGGCCGCGUCCGGAAGCCGCGGGCGCCCAAGGGGAGCAGCAGCGCUCCGGCUCGGCCGUCCAAGAAGAACGCCACCGCCUCCGUCUCCGUCUCCGGCGCCGGCGAGCCACCGCCCCCAUUGCCGCCGCCUCCAAGCACCACCACCACCACCAGAAGCCGCAAGAGAAAAAACCCCGCCGCCGCCACCGCCUCUCCUUCCCCAAGCAGCCUCGUCACCCGGAGGACGAACACAACCAUCCCAGCAAAGAAGCACACGGUCCUGACAUGGCUGAUCGACGCCGGCAUCCUCAAGGAGAGGGAGCAGCUGUUCUACGUGCCCGGGCCCAGCGACAGCGGCGAGAACGAGAAGGCCGCCGCCGUGGUGUCCGGCUUCGUCACCAAGUUCGGCGUCCACUGCGACUGCUGCAGAACCACCAUGCCGCUCCAGUCCUUUAUCUCCCACAGCAAAACCAUCAUGUCCUCAAAGGCUCAGCAGCAGCACCAGCCGCCGACGCCAUGGGAGAAGCUCGUGCUCAUGUCGGGCAAGCCGCUGCUGCGGUGCGUGCAGGAGGCAUGGGAGAAAGAAACAGCCAAGAGCUUCCAGGCGCAGGAGAAGGCGAGGGCGGCCAUGGCGGAGCAUCAGCAGGACAGGGAGAAGAAGGGCGGGGCGGCGAAGAAGAAGCCGCUGCAGGCGCUCGCGAGGAAGAAGGGGGCAGCUCGAGAGGGCGUCAAUGGCGGAGGGGGACGGGACCGGAGCGACGACGCGUGCGGCGUGUGCGCGGACGGCGGGCAGCUGCUGUGCUGCGACAGCUGCCCGGCGACGUUCCACCCGGAAUGCCUCGCCGUGAAGGUGCCCGACGGAUCCUGGGUCUGCCAUUACUGCCGCUGCAAGCUCUGCCUCGAUGGCCAUGGCAGCGGCAGCGGCAGCUUGAGCUCGUGCCACCAAUGCUCUCGCAAAUAUCACCAGCACUGCCGCGGAUCGCCGUCCGGGCACGACAUCGGCCCGUACUGUAGCAAAACCUGCAAGAAGAUGGCUGAGAAGCUGUCGGGCAUGGUAGGAGCCCUGAACACCAGCGACCAAGACGGGUUCUCCUGGUCUCUACUGAAGAUCCAAAAGGACACCGAGGGCGGCGCCGGCGCCGGGGCUCUGGAGUGCAACGCGAAGCUGGCGGUGGCGCUGGGCGUGCUGGAAGAGUGCUUCAACCCCGUGAGGGACCGGCGCACCGGCAUCGACCUGCUCCACCAAGCUGUCUACAGCCUCGGGUCGGAGUUGAAGCGGGUGAGCUACGAAGGGUUCUACACCAUUGUCCUGGAGAAGGACGCCGAGAUCGUCUCCGUAGCCUUGCUCAGGUUCCAUGGGGGGAAGCUGGCGGAGAUGCCGUUCGCGGGCACGCUGCCGGCGUACCAGAGGCGAGGGCUGAUGCGCCGCCUCUUCAGGGCCGUCGAGCAGGUGGUGGCGGCGGUGGGGGUGGAGAGGCUGGUGAUCCCGGCGGUGGCGGGCCUGGUGGCGAUGUGGCAGAGCUCCUUCGGGUUCGCGGCCAUGGAGAAGGAGCCCCGGCUGAGGGAGGAGACGAAGCUGCUCAGCAUGGUCGUCGUCACUGGCACCACCCUGCUCCACAAACCCAUCAUCGCUGCUUCAGGGAUGACGGAGGACGAGGUGGCGUUCAUGGAGAUGAGCUGGCCGCUCUGCAGCUUCACCGACCUCGUCGCCGGGAUCGCCUCGGCUCCAGGCCCAAGCCCAAGGCCGGCCUUCUGGGACCCGCUCGCGCUUGCUGUCCAUGGGCACCCCGGGGGCUCCGUGGGUACCGCUGCUGCUGCUAGCCCGGGGAGUGGCGGCGCCCGGCGUGGUUGCGGCGCGGGGCACGGUGGCGGUAAUCUCCGGCUUGGCGCCAUGAACAAGUGAGGUCGAAGAUUUGAGUGCCGAGAUCGAUUUACGGAGAAUCCUCUGUUCAGCUGCUUGAUACCGUUAUGUUCGUUUUGUCAGACUGCUGCUUUGCUGUAUACU